AUGCGCUUACGUCAUUUUACUAAUUGUUAUUUUUGAUGGUUCAAAAAUGUUUUUUUUGUAAAUAAUUUAAAGUUUAAAUCCCAUGUCAUAUAAUUUAUAAAAUAUUCAACAUUAAAAUAUUCCCAUGGAAUACAUAACGUUAUUAGAAUACAAUUGACCUCGUCCUCUUAAUUUGAAGGACUGUCGUGUAAUUUGUUUAGGUAUGUCUGUUUGGUCAGCCAGUACUGUCGGCAAUAAUCAUCACUGCGGGCCUCCGAGCAGUCGCUACAGUUCUUCUAAAAAUUGGUGUCCAAAUCUGACUAAGUGUUAUUGAUGACAGGUCUUUUAUGAAGUCUUAGUAUUUGGUAUAUCCUGCACAGCCUGAGACGUGAUUCAACUAUUUCUUUUUAUAAAACACAAGUGUGUCAUGUCGGGUGAAACACCAAUACAGUCGGGGGAUGCAUUACACACACCAGCAUACCUUUCCUGGAGGAAGCUGCAACUCAGCCGAGCAAAACUUAAAGCAUCAAGCAAGACUUCAGCCCUUCUCUCCGGUUUUGCCAUGGUAGCAAUGGUUGAAGUCCAGUUGAAUCCGCCGUCUCAAACCAAAGUACCCCCGGCUAUGCUGGUAGCUUUCACUGUUUGUACCACGUUGUUGGUAGCAGUCCACAUGCUGGCCCUCAUGAUCAGCACCUGCAUACUCCCAAACAUAGAAGCAGUCGGCAAUCUCCACAGCAUAUCACUAGUCCACGAAUCUCCACACGAAAGGCUACAUUGGUAUAUCGAAAUCGCUUGGGCGUUUUCAACCUUGCUCGGUUUAAUUUUGUUUCUAGUUGAGAUAGCCAUACUUUGUUGGGUGAAGUUCUACGAUCUGAGCGAAACGGCCGCGUGGUCAGCCUGCGUCGUAUUAAUACCGGUUAUGAUAGUAUUUUUAGCGUUCGCGAUCCAUUUCUAUAUGUCGCUAGCUACACAUAAGUAUGAAGUGACAGUCACAGGUAUUAAAGAAUUGGAGCUGCUCAAAGAACAAAUAGAACUAGGUGAUCAUGACUCGAGGAUGAAUAAUCUAACACUUUUAGACCAGAAUAGGGCUGUCUGAUCGGUAACUGUUGUUAUAUAUACGUGAUAUAUUCAAAAUAAGUAUUUUUUUUAUAAUAGACGGAGUAAAAAGAAAUGUGUUUUAAAUUAUAUAUUUAUGUUUUAAUACGAUUGCCUUAAUUUGGUGCGAUUGAUCGUUUGUGAAUUACCAAGAAUUUUUUUACCGUAAUUAUGCUAAUAACGAGUACUUAUCAGCACGUACUUAUUGGGUGCCAAUGUAUUGCACAAUUACAAAUAUACCUUGAAAAUAUUAUAUUAAGCAAUGGUUAGAUUAUUAUCGUUAAAUUUACGAGUAGGUAUAUAUAUGGAGUGUGAUGAAAAAAAAAUUGAUUCUGUUUAUGUCACUAGGUAUAGACGAAAACGAAAAGUCAAAUAAACAGAUAAAAUAAAGAUUUGGAAAUCAUAUCAAAACUUGGACGAUGAUAUAGCGCCCGGCAAAUAAUUAUCUUCGAUUAGAAACAUAAUUUAAAAAAACAAUGACAUGUCUAGUAAAUAGCAAUAUAAUUGUAAUUUUUUUAGAAAAAACACGUUGAACCUGAAUCUCUGUGGAAUUAAAAAAUGCUAUUUGAAAUAUAUUUUAAUCGAAAUAGCGUUAAAUAUCAAGAUUGCUCAAAAAUACUUUGAAAUUCAGGGAUUUUGUUUAAUAUAUAGUGUUAAGUUUUCAUAUUAUUCUGUAUUUGACAAUAUGUAUUAAGUAGGUACUUGUAAAUCGUGACUAUAAAUUGUAACACGAUGUUUAUUGUCGGUCUUAUCGAUAUGCUUCGACUAAAUAAACAACUACGGUUAUGUAAAGGUAGAACUCGCUUUGUUCAAAUUUUCAUAUGAUUUUUUUUACCUAUAGACUGUAGUUAGCAAAAUAUAUAUCGAUUAAAAAAUGUAAUAGAGAACAUAGCAUAGUUUUUUUUUAUUGUUAUCGCAAAUGUGAUUAAUAUUUCAGCCGUAUAUUAUCACGUACGCAGAAUAAAUGCGCGCCACGGAGACGCAAAUAUUAAAACGUUUAUCAUUCAUAUCUGCUAUGAUAUUGUUUUAUUAUUCAAAUGAGAAUGUGUCGUUGAAACCAUCUCUAUUCCUUUGUUUCCGAUAUUAAGUAAGUGAGACUGAGCUUAUAGAGAACAGUAUUGUUUUUAAGUGCACGAUUUAUUAAACGUCGCGUCGUAAUAAUUCAACAGAAACACGUCACUGAGUAAGGCAACGCUAAACUUUGUCCGAAUACACGAACAAGAAAUUUAGCAGAAAUUCAACCAGAUUCAACAUGAAUAAUAUAUUAUUACGUAAUUUACACUAAUCAGUGCCUCAAAAAUUUAUUUAGUUCUGUAAAAUAUAAAAAAAAAAUUUACCCUUGUCUAACCCUUAGUGUUGCCAAGUCUAAUUCAUUAUCUCUUAUCCCGUACAUUUCGAUGGAUUUAUACACUCCGUUCAACCAAUACAUUGGUAUAUAUUUUCAUGAAUAUAGAAAUAGUAUAAUUAAUUAUAUAAUAAAACCAUGUAAACAUAUAAAAAAUGUCAAUUACUUGUAUAUAUUUCGAUUUUUUAUCAUGUUUUAAUUUAUACAACUUUCGUAUAUCCGUAUUUUGAAUAGAAAAUAGUAAUCAGCCGAGUCCACGUUUUUAUACAUCUGUUACAUUUAUGCUACUAAUGGUUUUUUUACUUAACAGGACAGUAUAUAAUACUAUAAAUUAUAUACGUCGACUGAUCGUGUUACUAAACUUUUUAUAAUCGAUAAGAACUAAUAUCUUUGUAAAUUAUUUCUUAAACAAUGUUACCAAUAACUUAAUCAUGUAUAAAAGUAGUGCUAUCAAUUUAUAUAAAUAAUUAAUUGAAAUAAAAUUACAUUAUUGAUUGUAAGUUACUUAAGUAAUCAAAUAAUUUACUGUGAUAUGAUAAUGACAUAGUAAUAAAGUUCUGUUUAUUUUCUUUACAUAAGGUUUAAUAAAAAGAAUAUCAUUUAAUGAUAAUUUAAACGAUGUUGUUAUAUUUAUGAUGAUCUGAUUGUAUUUCGCAAUAAACCUUACAUUUUGUCAA